GUGUAACACAAUUAAAAAAAAAAAAGAAAAGUGCUAUAAAAUUCCCAAUUAUAUUGUGUCUAAUUAAGCAGGAUGGCAUCGCCAAACGCACCGUUUUUAUCUAAUGGCGCAGUUUCGAUUAUCAACCCUCAGUAUUGUGCUUCUUCUCAGAUGGAUCUUGCAGUGGCGAGAAAGGUUAAGAUAUUAAGCUUUGGCAACUUUUUUGUCAUAGACAUAAACGAUAAUAUCAUUUUCAAAGUUGAGGGAGCCUUCUUAAGCUUUCAUGCUCGUCGAGUUCUACUAGAUCCUGCUGGAAACCCCAUUGUUACUCUGCAAAAUAAGAAGAUGUCAGCACAUCACAGAUGGGAAGCUUAUAGAGGGGAUGGCACAGACUCUAGUAAUCUACUAUUUAGUGCUAAACGACCUUCAAUGUUUCAAUUUAAAAGGGAAUUGGAUGUUUUCUUAGCAAGAAAUACAGAACAAAAUGUGUGUGAUUUCAAGGUUAAAGGAAGUUGGUUAAAACGAUCUUGUGUCAUCUAUGCUGGGGAGUCUUCACCAUUGUAGCCCAGAUGCGCAAGAAGCACACAGUCUAGCUGUUUGGGAAAGACAAUUUCAUGGUGACAGUGUAUCGAAAUGUGGAUUAUAUUGUUGGAUUAAUGCUUUUAGAGCAAGCUAAUCCAUGAUUAGGAGCCUCGAUUAAUAAUGAGCCGUAGGAUCCCCAAACUAACUCAUUAAUUGACAGAGCCCAUUUAAUUGAUUAUUAAGAUACAAGAAGAAGCUCAUUAAUUGGGCCCAAUGUGUUAUUAAACCCUAGGAGGAUUAGGAUUAGCAGUCUAUAAAUAUACUAUUUACUACCCUCCAAUUAAGAAGUUUAACGUAUUAUUUUCUAGAGAUUUAGAAUCUCAAUAGAAAAUAAAACACCUUAAGAGAAAAACAGAAACUGUGAGUUUCAGAGGUUUUUUUUCAGAUUAAUCUUCUUGUUUCUUUUGUGAUCAGGUGUGCCACACACAGAUCUGUCACUUAGAGAAUAGUUUGGAAGGUUCUACGCUAAAGUACUUCCGCGUAGACCGUGGCGAAGAAAUCAAGGAAGAAGCAAAGAAAUGCGACCAGCCCUCCAAAAACAAACAGAGAUCAAACAACUACGGCUUUUCUAAAUUUCUGUGUACUUUCCCAAUAUUUAAGUCUUGAAAGUAACUUUUAUUUAUUAGUCGUAUUUGCAUAUGUGCACACGGUUUUGACUUGUUCCAUUUGAGAGACUCCUUGUGCCAAAAGAAAUCAUUGGGAAUCAAUAAUGAACUACUCGAUUGUAUUUAUAUGUAAAUAUGUGACAGGACUAAGAACUAAAUUGCAUCUUAUAAUAAUAAAAAUUAAAAAAAAAAAAAAAAGUCCGUGAUAUUAUAUUAUUCGUUCGCAUACUUUGAUAUUGUGUCUAAUUAUAUAAGCAGGAUGGCAAUGCAAAACGGGCCGUUUUCAGCUACCAACGCAGUUUCGAUUAUCAACCCUCAAUAUUGUGCUCCUUAUCCGGUGGAUCUGGCGGUGGUGCGAAAGGUUAUGACCAUAACCGAUGGCAACUUUGUUGUCACAGACAUCAAUGGCAAUAUCAUGUUCAAAGUGAAGGGAGCCUUCUUAACCUUUCGCGACCGUCGAGUUCUACUAGAUGCUGCUGGAAACCCCAUUGUUACCCUGCGAGAGAAGAUUAUGACAGCACAUGACAGAUGGGAAGUUUAUAGAGGGGAUAGCACAGACUCUAGUAAUCUUCUAUUUAGCGCUAAACGAUCUUCAAUGUUUUCAAUUAAGACGAAAUUGGAUGUUUUCUUGGCAAACAAUACAACAGAAAAUGUAUGUGAUUUCAAGGUUAAAGGAAGUUGGUUAGAACGAUCUUGUGUCAUCUAUGCUGGGGAGUCUUCCACCAUUGUAGCCCAGAUGCACAAGAAGCACACGGUUAAAAGCGUCCUGUUUGGGAAAGACAAUUUCAUGGUGACAGUGUAUCCAAACAUGGAUUAUGCAUUCAUCGUUGCACUUAUCGUUAUUCUUGAUGGGAUUAACCACGAUGAUGCAUCAUAAUUAAACACUAAUCUCAUCACAUGUUCACCUCAUCAUCUGGAUUCUGGAGCUAUAGUACAACCGUCUGUUGCUUUCCUCAUCAAUCAGCCAAUUUGUAAUUUAAUUUGAUAAUUUUCAUUAGCUUAGAAAUUUUAUUAGACCAAAUUUUUUUUUUCUUUUUUUCCAGUGUAAAAACCUAUUAUAGUUCCAAAUUUUAUAAUUUAAUUGAUGUGUUUCCCUUUC